AUGCCUCAAGUGCUGCAGUACCGGACCUGGUGUCGAGAGUUGGAGCAGCGACUGGAAGCAGGAGGAGUGAGUAUUUGCCAGCUAAAGACAGUGUGCACAACAUUCAGUUACACAGAGAAAGGAUCUCAAAGCAAAGACAUAGCAAAAUAUAAUUUUGUUGAUUUGAGAAUUCAAAGAAGUACUGGAUCCCUUCCAGACAUGUGGGAAGACACAGAAGAUCAUAGCCUGGAGAAUGCCCUGUCCCAGCUGGAAGAGGAACAACAAAGGUGUGAAAGUCUGGCUGAAGUGAACACCCUCUUGCGGGAGCACCUAGAUAAAGCAAAUGAGGUGAAUACAGCUCUUAAAGAAGACGUUGGAAAACUAACGGCAGAUUGGAUGAGGGCCCGGGAGGAGCUGGAGUUGAAGGAGAAUGAAUGGCGUAGUGAACGUGAGUUUUAUGACAGCUACCUAAAAGGUGAACAUAACCGUCUUCUCAGCCUCUGGCGCCAGGUGGUGACCUUUCGCCGUCAUUUCCUAGAAAUGAAGACGGCCACUGACCGAGACUUGUCAGAACUGAAGGCAGAGCAAGUGAGACUUUCUGGAUCUAUACUUGUCAACUGCUUCCAGCUAAAUUCUGGCGUACAGCUCUGGGAGUCCCUCACUUUGGGAAGACCUGUCUUAAAGGAUCGGACAGAGAAACAGGUGGAAAAGGAAAUAAAUCAGAAGACCUGGGAAGUGAUGAGCUUUCAAGUUAAGGGGGACCUUGAGAAAAAGGAGCUUCAAGACAGGGUGAUGGAGCUCUCAGCCUUGCUUGUACAGUCUCAGAAGCAGAAUGAAGAGAAGGAGAAGACCAUGAAGACGCUUAACGACACUGUGGAGAUUCUAGAGACAAGUCGGUUGGAGGUAGAAUAUGAAGCUUCAUUAACUAAAAAUGCCAAAGAGGAGAAUCUUUCUCUUCAAAAGUUGAUAAAAGAUAUCAUUGAGGUGGUGUUAGAUGACGGCGCAGUCAGCAGUGGCUGUCCUGGCAGUGCUCAGCACGCAGAGUCUAGCAGCAUCCCCUCUUACCUGAGCUCUGGCAAUGCAGAGUAUGCCCUUAUGUUGGUGCAGGAAGUGCUGGCAAGGAAGCGAAGAGUAACACAGGCCCUAAAAGACGAGCUUUCUGCCAAGCAGAACUCUAUCAGUUUCCUGCAGCACCAGCACAGACAGCAGGAAGAGGAGUGCAAGAAGUUGCAGCAAAGACUUGAGCAGCUGGAGGAGGAGUGUAAACUGAGCAGCAACCAGCGGCAGCAGCUCCAGGCUCUGGUGGAAGGACUCAGAAGUGACUGUGCAAGCCUAGAGAGAAACAGGGAAGAGCUACAGCAACAGCUCAAAGUAACUGAACAAGAAGCCUGGCACCUGCGUCAAAGUAACACUGAACUGCAGCUGAAGGCAGGUUCUGCCCAAGAGGAACAAGUGGAGGAGCAACAGACAACAGAAGGAGAGCAUUGGGACCGAGAGCUUCUUCAGAAGGACUUAGCUGCACUUGAAGCAAAACAUUCCUUGUUACAGAGUGAAUUGAUUGUUGCAAGAGAGACAUUGGAGAAAUCGCAACUUCAAAGAGAUCUCCUGAAGCAAGAGAACCAGGAGCUUACAAUGGCAUUGAAAAAGGCAGAGCAGUUGGUAGCAGAGCUGUCAGGAGCUCAGAAUAAGCUGAGAUCUGAAACAGCUGAUCUACACGUCGCAACAGCAAAGAUGAGUAGUAUUAAUGAAGCUCUGGCGUUAGAUAAAGUGCAACUGAACAAGCUUGUGCUACAGCUGGAACAGGAGAACGAAGUCCUGUCAAGCAAAGUAGAAGAGAUGGAGAAAACAAAGAUCUCUGUGCAGGAGAAGCUGAACUUGUGUAAAAUGACAAAUGAAGAGCUCUGCACGGAGAAAGCCCACCUAGAGCAGCAGUUGAAGAAAGCAGAGGACCAACAGGAGGGACUGCAGGUAAAACUGAGGAUACUGGCAGAGGAGAAGGAAGAAAUUCAAGAGAAGCUCAAUCAGAUUUGCCACCAGCAGGAGUCAGCAAGCAGUGAUUUGGAGCAGUUGCGCCAGGAGUCCGCUCACCAAACAGGUGUUCUGACCAAGAUGUCCAGGGAGAAGGAAGUCCUGGUGCAUGAGAAGGCUGCCCUGGAUGUGCAACUGGCAGCUGUGGAGCGGGACAGACAGGACCUUUCAGAGCAGCUGGCAGAGGCCAGGUCAAUGAAGGAGAUCCUGGAAUCCAGCCUGUUUGAGGCUCAGCACCAUUUGUCUCAGCUGGAGGUCACCAGGAGUCAGCUGGAAAUCCAACUUCAUACAGUCACUCAGGCCAAGGAGGUCAUACAAGGGGAAGUGAAGUGCCUUCAUUGUGAGCUGGAAGCAGAGAGAUUUCGAAUGAAGCAGGAACGGGAAAGCAUGGCACAGCAGCUCCUGCGGACCGAGCAGCAGUGUAACGACACCCUCAGGCUUCAGCAAACUGAUCAUGAGAUGGAAAUAAACAAGCUGCUGCAAGACCUAGCAAGUGAGCAGGAAGGGCACCAUUCAGAGCUACGGGAGAUGCUGGAGCGCUGGGAUAAGGAGAAAGCAGAGGCAGAAGGAAAGCAUGAGAAGCAGCUAUUGGAUAUGAGGCAGCAGGUUGCUGCCAUGCAAGUUCAGCAAGAAGAGGAACGAAAUAGAGCUGAAACUGCCAAGAAAGAGGUCCUGCUAGAAAAGGAGAAUGAGAAGAAGGCUUUAUUAGAGACACUACUUCAAACUCAAGGAGAGCUAACAGAAGCCUGCAAGCAGCUAGAGCAGCUCAGGCAGGAUGUGAAAGAGCAGCAAGAGAAUGGACAGAACAUCACAGAAAAGUUGCAAGCAGAGCUUCAGGAAGCUCAGAGUAAGACCGCGGCCAUGGAGAAUAGGCACAAGGAAGAAAUCAAAACCCUCAAAGAGGAAAUGAAUGUCCUUCUUCAGCAGAGGGAUGCUCUACAGAAAAAGGUAGAAGAGUUGAAAUCUCAACUAGCAGUCUCUGAAGAGUCCUGGCAAAUAAUUAGCCAUGAAGCUCAGGAGCAUCUGCGUGAGGCACAGGAAUUGUCUAGGCAGAAGAUGCUAGAGGUUGUGCACCUUGAGAACAUCCUGGAGGAGGAGAGGAGCCAGUGGGAGGAGGUAGAACAUCAGAACAGAGAGCUGCAAGCUCAUCUGCAGUCCUUGGAGGGAGAAAGAAGUCAAUGGGAAAAAGUACAGCGUCAUAACACGGAAUUUCAGGCUUCACUGAAAGCCCUGGAGAGUGAAAGAGCCAGGCUGACUCUGUCUCUGGAAAAAAAGGAACUGACCCUCAGAACCCUAGAAGAAAACAGUGUUUCCCAGCAGAAUGAGGUGUCUAAAUUGCUGUCUGCCAUUCACGAGGCCCAGCAGCUCCAUUCAGACCACAGAAGAGAAAUACAAGAGCUCAACAACCAGGUUCAAUCACUGCAGGAAAUGUUGCUUGAGAAGGAGGCUGGCCUGGUGACUCGGGAGAAGCAGUUGUUGGAAGAUCUAGAGCAGUCCCGAGCAGGCGAACGAUGCUUGAGGGACUCUUUGAGGGUGCUGGAGGCUGAGAUGUCUGAACUUCAGCUGAGGCUCUGUAGCACAGAGAACAGAGCCAAGGCACUGGCUGCAGAGUGCCAGCAGGCUAACAGCGCGCGCUGUGAAGCCCAGGCCCAGCUACAGCAACUGCGUUUGGUUCUCCAUCGCAUGCUGUGUGGCAGCGCGGAUAAAAGCAGAGACUUGGUCGCUCAGACUUCAGAACAGGAUCAUGCCUGGGGCCUAACUGUUUCUCAGCCCGGGGACCUCCCCAUAGACAUCACAGUGGACAGAGUGGCCACAGCCUUACGAGACCUGCACCAGGACCUGAAGCACACUCAGCAAGAUCUGAAUCAUGCCAGAAAGAAGUCACAGGAGCUGGAGCUGGAGCUGAACAAGAGACUGGCUGAGAGGGAUCACAUCAGUGCCCGCAAUUUAGAGCUACAGCAACUACUGGCCCAAAGCCAAGAAGAGACACAGGUGGCAGAAGGCAAGAAAAACUCUCUGCAAGCUGCCUUGCAGGAAGAGGCUGCUGCUUUAAAGAAGGAGGUUGUGACCCUACAUCAAGAAGUGGCAUCUUUGGAAAGGAGACUCGAGAGUACUGAGAAGCAAAGGAAGGAAGUCCUGCAUGAGCGAGACACACUGCAAACAGUUAAGGAAGAAAUGGUAUGGGAGAUAAAACUUCUCCAGGAAUCUGUCACAGCCUCUGAAGCUCAAGCAAAUGCAGCAACAAAUAUGAAACACUCCCUAGAAGAAGAAUUUCAAAGUACAUUAUCUGUCUUGAAAGUUAAAAAGGAGGAAGUGGCAGCUCAGCAGGAGAAAAUCCAGAUGCUACAGAAGGAGGUAGCAGAGGUGAAAGUUUUGCAGGAAAACCUUACUCACCUGACAGCCAUCCUGUCAAAGAGAGAAGGAGAAAUUAAGUGGCAUGAGGAAAAGAUUAGAAUGCUGGAAAACGAAAACAAAAUGCAUCAAAGUGCUUUAGAUGACGUUAUUAAAGACAAAACAGAUAAAAAACAGAAGAUAGAAUCCCAACAAGAACAGAUCCAGGAGCUGGAGAAGCAGCACAAAAUGCAGACAAUUACUAUAAGCAAACUGGGGAAGGACCUGGAAGAGCGAGACCAGGAGAUCAGAACCCAGCAGGAACAGAUAGAGGAGCUGCAGAAAGAGCAAGAAAUACAGAGGAGUGCCCUAAGUAAGACGAGCAAGGACAUGGAGGAGAGGGACCGGGAGAUUAGAUCCCAACAAGAACAGAUACGGGAGCUGGAGAAACAACAGGAAAGACAGAGGAGUGCUCUAAGCAACGCCAGGAAGGACCUGGAGGAGAAAGACGAGGAGAUCAGAUCCCAGCAAGAAAAGAUACAGGAGCUGGAGAAGCAGCAGGAGCGGCAGAGUAUUACUGUGGGAAAGAUGAGGAAGGACCUAGAGGAGAGAGACCAAGAGAUCAGAACCCAGCAAGAGCAGAUACAGGAGCUGGAGAAGCAGCAAGAAAUACAGAGUAUUUCUAUAGGAAAGUUGAGGAAGGAUCUGGAAGACAGAAACCAGGAGAUCAGAACCCAGCAGGAACAGAUACAGGAGCUAGAGGAGCAGCGUGAAGUGCAGAGGACUGCUCUAAGCAAGAUGAGGAAGGAUCUGGAGGAGAGAGAGCAGGAGAUCGGAUCACAGCAAAAACGGAUACAGGAACUAGAGGAGCAGCAUGAAGUGCAGAGGAGUGCUCUAAGCAAGAUCAGCAAAGACCUGGAAGAGAGAGACCGAGAGAUCAGAACCCAGCAUGAACAAAUAUGGGAGCUGGAAAUGAAGCAAGAAAUGCAGAGGAGUUUUCUGAGCAAUAUCCAAAAGGACCUGGAGGAGAAAGACCAGGAAAUCAGAUCCCAGCAGGAACAGAUACAGGAGCUGCAGAACCAACGAGAAAUACAAAGGAGUGCUCUAAGCAACACCAGGAGGGACCUGGAAGGGAAAGACCAGGAAAUCAGAUUCCAGCGUGAAAAGAUACAGGAGCUGGAGAAGCAGCAGGAAAAACAGACUCUUGCUGUAGGAAAGAUGAGGCAGGAUCUAGAGGAGAGAGACCAAGAGAUCAGAAUGCAGCAGGAAAAGAUACAGGAGCUGGAGAAGCAACAGGAAAAGCAAAUUCUUGCUGUAGGAAAGAUGAGGAAGGAUCUAGAGGAGAAAGACCAAGAGAUCAGAAUGCAGCAGGAAAAGAUCCAGGAGAUGGAGAAGCAGCAAGAAAUACAAAGGAGUGCUCUAAGAAACACCAGGAGGGACCUGGGAGAGAAACACCAGGAAAUCAGAUCUCAGCAAGAAAAGAUACAGGAGCUGGAGAAGCAGCAGGAGCAGCAGAGGAUUACUGUGGGGAAGAUGAGGAAGGACCUAGAGGAGAGAGACCUGGAGGUCAGAUCCCAGCAAGAGCAGAUACAGGAACUGGAGGAGCAGCACAAAAUGCAAGGGAGUUCUCUAAGCAACGCCAGGAAGGACCUGGAGGAGAAAGACGAGGAAAUCAGAUUUCAGCAAGAAAAGAUACAGGAGCUGGAGAAGCAGCAGGAGCGGCAGAGUAUUACUGUGGGAAAGAUGAGGAAGGACCUAGAGGAGAGAGACCAAGAGAUCAGAACCCAGCAAGAGCAGAUACAGGAGCUGGAGAAGCAGCGAGAAAUACAGAGUAGUGCUCUAAGCAAGAUCAGCAAAGACCUGGAAGAGAGAGGCCAGGAGAUCAAAUUCCAGGAGAGGAAAAUGCUGGCUCUAGAAGAACAUGGUGCAUCACAAGUAAGUCGUCUACUAGAGGAGCUGGAUGAUAUGAAAACAAAAUUGAAGGAGAAAAGCUUAGAGCUCAUGUCUCAGGCUCAGCAGGCCCAUGAACUGGAAAUUAAGAGAGAAGAAGUGAAAUCUCUACAUGCAGACCUAGAACAUCUGCGGGCAAUUCUUGGGAACAGAGAGGGUGAGGCUGAGUCUCAAAGGCAUCGGUUAAGAUUUUUUCAGCAGUACAAAGAGCAACAGGAUGGGUACCUGCAGGAGCUGCAUGGUAAAUUAGAAAAGGUGACACUUUCUUUAUCUGAAAGAGAUCAAGAGCUAGAGUCACAGCGAAAACAAAUCCAGGAAUCUGAAAAAGCCAUGGAAACCAGAUUAAAGACUGUCCAUGACCAACUGGAGCAGACAUUAGAAACUUUAAAAGAGAAGGACAGGCACCUAGAUAUGCAAAUGCAACAAGCAAGGAAAUACGAGUUAAAAACAGAAAAACAGAUAAAAGUUUUACGUAGAGACUUGGAACACUCUAAGGCAAUUUUGAGAGAAAGAGAAUUCAUGAUUGAAUCUCAGAAGGAGCUGAUUGAGACCUUCCAGAAACAAGAAAGAGACUCUGAACAGCAGAGGGAAGUUCUGAAACAUCUUAAAGUGACAGUAAAGGAACAAAAGCAAGAAAAUAAGUCCCUUAAGAAGCAAUGUGAAGAGUACAAGGAAAAGGACGAAAAGCACAAAGCACAAGCUGAGCAAGCAAAUCUUCAAGAAAUAGAAGCAAAUCUGAAAGAGAGAGAAAGGAAGAUAGAGCUUCUGGAAGAGGCUAUCUCUAAGCUUCAGCAGCAAAAAGAAGAGACAGUGAUGCAGACUAAAGCUUUACUACAUAAACUAGAAUAUGCUGAAUAUUCUCUAGAAGCUAGAGAGCAGGAGAUAGUGUCUUUACAAAGGCAUGUCCAGGAGCUUCUAGAGCAGAAGGAAUUAGAUGGCAAGCAGGCCAAGGACCUACAACAGGAUAUAAAUAAAAUGAGCCAGACAAUGAAAAGCAACAGUUUGGAAUUCCUCAAUCAGACAAAGCAAAUUAACAUGUACCAGCUCCGUGAAGAAAGUAUGAAAGUAGCACUAACAUCUUGCCAAAAGCAAGUGAGUCUGCUGGAGGAAAUGAUGAAGAGGAGAGAUGAAGACAAUGAAACUCUCACACAAAAACUUCAGCUCAAAGAAGAAGAGCUGAAGACCUUGCAGAAUCUCCAGGUUAUGCUGACCGAAGGGAAAGAAGAGAGUAGAUAUCCCAGAGAGCUCCUGGAAAAAAUCUCACUUGAGAGGGGGCAAAAGACUAAGGCUCAAGGUGAGCAAAAACAAUUGGAGGAGAUGAGAGGUCUUCAAGAAGAUCUGCAGCAUGUUCAGCAUACUCUGGUCAAGAAGGAUGAAGAGAUCAAAUACCAGAGAGAGAGAGUUAGGCAUUUGGAGAAGAGUCUGAUAAGGAGAGAGCAAGAACUUCAGAAGCAGAGUGAAUUCCUGAAACAAUUAACAUCAGCUUUGCGAUGGAAAGAUGAAGGAGAGACUCUAAAGAAAAAAAUUCAAAAACUCCAAAAAUGGGAGGAAGAAGAAGCAGAACAGAAGAAAGUUCUCCAGGAAAGGGACCAUUUCCUGAAAAGGCAGAAGGAGCUAGCCCAACAGCUGGAAGAUGAGAGGAAAGUAAAGGGGGAGGAAUUGGAACGUGUGAUUGCUAUUUUGAAGCAGACCGAAAGUGGAGAAAUAGAAUGGAAAGAGAAGGCCCAAGCACUGACGCUUGCCCUGAGUAAGAGUGAAAUGGCCAAUGGGUCUUUAAGGGAAGAAAUAGCCAUUCUGCAGGGCAUGGUUUCAGAGAGGGACAAGGACCGGUUUCACCUUCAGCAAGCUGUUGCAGAAGGAGAGCAGCUAUCAUGGCUCUCAGAGAAGAAACUCAUGCAGCAACGUCUGGAAUCUCUGCAGCAAGCAGUUGCAAGACUGGAACGUGAGAAAACUGAGCUGAAGCAACUCAACACUGAGCUCAAAAGGACUCUUGAGCAGGUGGAGCGUGAACGGAGGAGGCUGAAGAGGGAUUAUAGUGGUCAGUCGCUACCAGAUGCGUGCAGCUUUUCUCUUGCUGAGUCAGACUGGGAUAAGAUGCCUGCUUCUGAACAGGAGGAGGCUCGUGUUCUCUGCAGACGAUUAGCUGAGUUACAGAAACAGGUGUCCCUUUUGCAGAGGCAGUUGGCACAAGAACGAAAAUAUAAACAGGACUAUGUUGAGUGCUGCGCAAAGACCAGUCAGGAACUGUUAGAUCUUCACCAAGAGCUGUCCUACUCCUUAGCAGCUGUGGUCAGGGAGCCCAGAGCUGCUGUUCUGGAGGCAGAGACUCAGAAGCUGGAUCGGUCUCUGAAUCAUAACUUCGCGCUAACACCUACGGACCGUCAGUCUCCUGAGAGAUCCGCUGCAUGUGACAGCCAGAACAGCCAGGUGUGA